UGCCAGACGGGUUUAGCUCGUUUUGUGACUUCUAUAUUAGCUGCAGAUCACUUAGCUCAAGCUACUUUUUGAAAACUGAUCAGUUCACUCAUUAGUUUUGCAAAACCGGGUGCAAGUACGGCUAGCCAACUGGCUAAAAAAUGGAGUUAGACUUCAUGAAGAUAGUAGCUUCGGUUCUUUUGCUGCUGAGUAUAACUUCUGCGCAGGAUUGCGGGACUGGAUGGACGGUACGUCCAGGUACGACACUCUGCUAUCGACUUGAGACUGCCAAAGUGACUUGGGACCAGGCCAAUACUGCGUGUAACGCAUUUGGGGGAGGACUAACCACUAUUGCUGACCAAGACGAGAAAGCUUUUGUGUCAGCAUUUUCUGAUACAGCAAAUGACUAUCUGUGGAUUGGAAUGACGGAUUCCGCUGGUCAGGGAAUCUGGAAUUGGCAAAAUUCACCAUGCGUUUCUUUAAUUGACUGGAACGUUGGCGAACCAAGUUACGGAAACGGUGGAAAAGAGUGUGCUAUAUUCCUUAUGAAAGUCAGCAACUAUACAUGGGACGAUGUACGCUGCGGCGCAACGUUCCCAUACGUAUGCAGGAAAGAUAUUGGACCUGCCUCCGAAACUAACACGGAAUGUAACAAUGGAUGUACCAACACUGCUGGUUGUACAGGCUACACCUACAAAGGCGGCCAGUGCACUCUACAUGUAAGAAAGAAUGUUGGGACAAUACAAGGUGUAGCUACCACCGUUAUUACCUGUGAGAAAUACCCACCACCAGCACCGACAACAGUUGCUACAACUACAAUAAGUACUACACCAGACUGCGGGACUGGAUGGACGCUACGUCCAGGUACGACACUCUGCUAUCGACUUGAGACUGCCAAAGUAACUUGGGACCAGGCCAAUACUGCGUGUAACGCACUUGGGGGAGGACUAACCACUAUUGCUGACCAAGCAGAGAAAGCCUUUGUAUCAGCAUUUUCUGACAGAGCAAAUGACUAUCUGUGGAUUGGAAUGACGGAUUCAGCUGGUCAGGGAAUCUGGAAUUGGCAAAAUUCACCAUGCGUUUCUUUAAUUGACUGGAACGUUGGCGAACCAAGUUACGGAAACGGUGGAAAAGAGUGUGCUAUAUUCCUUAUGAAAGUCAGCAACUAUACAUGGGACGAUGUACGCUGCGGUGCAACGUUCCCAUACGUAUGCAGGAAAGAUAUUGGACCUGCCUCCGAAACUAAUACGGAAUGUAACAAUGGAUGUACCAACACUGCUGGUUGUACAGGCUACACCUACAAAGGCGGCCAGUGCACUCUACAUGUAAGAAAGGAUGUUGGGACAAUACAAGGUGUAGCUACUACCGUUAUUACCUGUGAGAAAUACCCACCACCAGCACCAACAACAGUUGCUACAACUACAAUAAGUACUACACCAGACUGCGGGACUGGAUGGACGCUACGUCCAGGUACGACACUCUGCUAUCGACUUGAGACUGCCAAAGUGACUUGGGACAAGGCCAAUACUGCGUGUAACGCACUUGGGGGAGGACUAACCACUAUUGCUGACCAAGCAGAGAAAACCUUUGUAUCAGCAUUUUCUGACAGAGCAAAUGACUAUCUGUGGAUUGGAAUGACGGAUUCAGCUGGUCAGGGAAUCUGGAAUUGGCAAAAUUCACCAUGCGUUUCUUUAAUUGACUGGAACGUUGGCGAACCAAGUUACGGAAACGGUGGAAAAGAGUGUGCUAUAUUCCUUAUGAAAGUCAGCAACUAUACAUGGGACGAUGUACGCUGCGGUGCAACGUUCCCAUACGUAUGCAGGAAAGAUAUUGGACCUGCCUCCGAAACUAAUACGGAAUGUAACAAUGGAUGUACCAACACUGCUGGUUGUACAGGCUACACCUACAAAGGCGGCCAGUGCACUCUACAUGUAAGAAAGGAUGUUGGGACAAUACAAGGUGUAGCUACUACCGUUAUUACCUGUGAGAAAUACCCACCACCAGCACCAACAACAGUUGCUACAACUACAAUAAGUACUACACCAGACUGCGGGACUGGAUGGACGCUACGUCCAGGUACGACACUCUGCUAUCGACUUGAGACUGCCAAAGUGACUUGGGACCAGGCCAAUACUGCGUGUAACGCACUUGGGGGAGGACUAACCACUAUUGCUGACCAAGCAGAGAAAACCUUUGUAUCAGCAUUUUCUGAUAGAGCAAAUGACUAUCUGUGGAUUGGAAUGACGGAUUCAGCUGGUCAGGGAAUCUGGAAUUGGCAAAAUUCACCAUGCGUUUCUUUAAUUGACUGGAACGUUGGCGAACCAAGUUACGGAAACGGUGGAAAAGAGUGUGCCAUAUUCCUUAUGAAAGUCAGCAACUAUACAUGGGACGAUGUACGCUGCGGCGCAACGUUCCCAUACGUAUGCAGGAAAGAUAUUGGACCUGCAUCCGAAACAAAUACGGAAUGUAACAAUGGAUGUACCAACACUGCUGGUUGUACAGGCUACACCUACAAAGGCGGCCAGUGCAUUCUACAUGUAAGAAAGGAUGUUGGGGCAAUAAAAGGUGUUGCAACUACCGUUAUUACCUGUGAGAAAUAUCCUCCUCCUCCACCGAUAAGUACCACCCCAGACUGCGGGACUGGGUGGGCGCUACGUCCAGGUACGACACUCUGUUAUCGACUUGAAACUACAAAAGUGACUUGGGAAAAUGCCAAUAUUGCGUGUAACUCAUUUGGGGGAGGGCUGACCACUAUAGCUGACCAAGCAGAGAAAGACUACGUUUCAGCAUUUUCUGAUAGAGCAAACGAUUAUCUGUGGAUUGGGAUGACGGAUUCAGCAGGUCAGGGAAUCUGGAAUUGGCAAGAUGCACCAUGCGUUUCUUUCAUUGACUGGAACCGCGGUGAACCAAGUUACGGAAACGGUGGAAAAGAGUGUGCUAUAUUCCUUAUGAAAGUCAGCAACUAUACAUGGGACGAUGUACGCUGCGGCGCAACGUUCCCAUACGUAUGCAGGAAAGAUAUUGGUCCUGGCUCCGAAACCAAUGCGGGAUGUAACCAUGGAUGUAGACACACUCCUGGUUGUACAGGCUACACCUACAAAGGCGGCCAGUGCACUCUACAUGUAAGAAAGUACAUUGGAACUAUGAAUGGUGUUGCAACCACCGUUGUUACUUGUGAGAAAUACCCCCCACCAGGGCCAAGAAGACAUCGACAUAAGUAUUAUGAUAGCGACUGUGAAGAUAACGCAAGAUUUGAAUUUUCCCAUCCAAGUCCUUUGUUCUCGCGCUUUGCUGCUAAAGGACGUAAGGUAAAAAGUGAUCAAGCUGACAGCAUGUUUCUUUGGCUUGUGUAAGCCGACGCUAAAAAAACAAAAUGGGCCAAGUUAUAAUGACAUUCUGGAAUACAUCAAGGUUUAGCUGAGACGUCGUUAAUUUUAUGGAUAAUAACAUUUUUUUCACUAAACAUAUAUUCAUGUUAAUGUAGUCUAUAAAAAAGCACUGUUCAAUAGUACAAGAUUGUUUUUAUGCAUAAUGAAACAUUAAAUAUUUGUUUCUUAUUUAUGUAUUACGAUUUGUUAAAUUUGGCUCGAUGUUUUCGAUGAAUAAAGUUUACACCGUCAUUCAUAUAAAAAGCAUCGAAACCAAUCGAUGUUGUUUAAAUACUAAAAAUAAUUUUAAUAGUCUCUUAUAGCAUUAAUUACUUAACUACUUUAUCACUUCUUUAAUGUUUAAUUUCAUAAAAUGCAAUCAUUUUCUAAGCUUUUUCAAAUAGAAGACAUAUGUUGUUUGUUUGUUUGUUUUUUAUAUCACCUGUGAAUGUUUUCACUCUUAAAUUAUUAUUUUCUAAACAAAAACUUUAAAUAUCUUUCUCUUUUAAUUCAACAAAUACUCUAAAACAAUUAUAUAUUUAAAAACCUUAUAUUAGUUUAAACACUCACUGU